CCCUCUGCCUUCCCUAACCGGGCUAGCGGCCAGAUGAACGCGGUUCCUGAAAGAAGGAAGAGUGAGCAAGAGACCGCAACUCAGAACUGCAGUUUCUCAGCUUGAAAAAGACAAUGAGAAAAGAGAUCUCUCAAGAUCAAAGGAGGGGAUGAAACAAUACGUGAACGCGGGGGAAACUAGGAAGUGGCGUUGGAAUGGAGUGACGGCUAAAGGGUCACGCCAGGUGUCCAAGCAAGCUGCACCCCCCACCCCCCGCCUUUUUAUUCGCAGACUCCGGCCUCCCACCCCCAUGGGGCAUUGCAAGACCCAAACCGCCGGAGGUACCGCAGGAGAUCAAUGGAAGAGGAGAGGAUAGGGCGGGGGCAAUCAAAGAGAAGUGGGGUCCAGAGGGAGGCCAGAGGCAGAAAGCAUGCGGCUGGGCCCCGCGCCUCCGAGGAAGCCAUGCGAGGGUGACCUGGGAUGCUCUCCUCUCCGCGGCCCCCUCCCUUCCCAGGGGGCGGCCCACAUCCAGGCCGGGGCCCGGGCGGGGCGGCGCCGGCAAGGAUGAAUAAUUGAGGUAGAGGGGAGGAGGAAGAGGAGCGGCGGAGGAAGAGCGGGAGGCGGGAGCCGCCCGCGCAGGGUCCUCCCCACUCCGCACCCCACCCGCUCCGCCGCCCGGAAGUCGCUCCCCGCCUCCUGCUCCGCCAACAUGGCCGCGAAGUCGGAUGGAGCGGCGGCCGCGGCCGGCCCGGGGCCCGAGGGGCCGGCGGGAGCAGCCCGGGGCGGGGCGGGAGGGCGCGGGGAGGCGGCGGCGGGGACCGCGGGCCCCGGCCCGGAGGCGGCGGCGGGCCCGGGGCCGCGCUACGAGCUGCGGGACUGCUGCUGGGUGCUGUGCGCGCUGCUCGUGUUCUUCUCCGACGGCGCCACCGACCUGUGGCUGGCGGCCUCCUACUACCUGCAGGGUCAGAGCACCUACUUCGGCCUCACCCUGCUCUUCGUGCUGCUGCCCUCGCUGGUCGUCCAGCUGCUCAGCUUCCGCUGGUUCGUCUACGACUACUCGGAGCCCGCGGAGACCCCGGGACCCGCCGUCAGCACCAAGGACAGCGACAUAGUCGGCGCCGCCAUCAGCACCAAGGACAGUGCCGUCGCCUUCCGGACCAAAGAAGGUAGCCCCGAGCUGGUCCCCCGGCCCGCACCGUCCUCGGCCAGCGCCUACCGCCGCCGCUGCUGCCGCCUCUGCGUCUGGCUGCUGCAGACCCUCGUUCACCUCCUGCAGCUUGGCCAGGUCUGGAGGUACCUGCGUGCCCUGUACCUGGGGCUGCAGAGCCGCUGGCGCGGGGAGCGGCUGCGGCGACACUUCUACUGGCGGAUGCUGUUCGAGAGCGCAGACGUGAGCAUGCUGCGUCUGCUGGAGACCUUCCUGCGCAGCGCGCCCCAGCUGGUGCUGCAGCUCAGCCUGCUGCUUCACCGCGGCCAGGAGCCUGAACUGCUGACUGCUCUCUCCAUCUCCGCCUCCCUUGUGUCCCUGGCCUGGACGCUGGCAUCCUACCAGAAGGUGCUGAGAGACUCAAGAGACGACAAGCGGCCCCUGUCCUACAAGGGCGCCGUGGUCCAAGUGCUAUGGCACCUCUUCACCAUUGCGGCCCGCACGCUGGCCUUCGCCCUCUUUGCCAGCGUGUACAAGCUCUACUUCGGCAUCUUCAUCGUAGCCCACUGGUGCGUCAUGACCUUCUGGGUCAUCCAGGGCGAGACAGACUUCUGCAUGUCCAAGUGGGAGGAGAUCAUCUACAACAUGGUGGUGGGCAUCAUCUACGUCUUCUGCUGGUUCAAUGUCAAGGAGGGCCGCAGCCGCCGCAGGGUGGCCCUCUACUACUGCAUCGUGCUGCUCGAGAACGCAGCGCUCACCGGCCUCUGGUACUCCAGCCGCGACUUCGCCACCGACUCCUUCUCACUCAUCCUGGUCUGCGUGGUGGCCUCCAGCUUCGCCCUGGGCAUAUUCUUUAUGUGUGUCUAUUACUGUCUCCUCCACCCCAACGGCCCCAUGCUGGGUCCCCAGGCACCUGGCUGCAUCUUCCCUGAAGCCCCGGGACCCUGUGCCCCUCCAGCUGAUGCCAUCACAAGCCCGCCGAGGUCCCUGCCGAGGACUACAGGCACUGAGCGGGAUGGGGCCUCAGUGGGAGGUGAGCGAGCCGGGACCCCCACACCGCCGGUCUUCCAGGUGCGGCCUGGCUUGCCUCCCACCCCAGUGGCUCGCCCCUCGCGGACAGAGGGGCCUGUCAUUCGGAUUGACCUGCCUCGGAAAAAGUACCCCGCGUGGGAUGCUCAUUUUAUUGACCGGAGGCUCAGGAAGACCAUCCUGGCGCUGGAGUAUUCUUCACCUGCCACGCCCCGGUUGCAGUACCGGAGCAUGGGCACCUCCCAGGAGCUGCUGGAGUAUGAGACCACAGUGUAGGCACAGUCUGCCUCCCAAAAGAGACAGGCAUGGCUGACCCCACAUUGACCACAGUGUUGAGUCUGGAUUUCAGGGCCACCAGGAUAAGUGGAAGUAGAUCUUUGGAUCCAAGAGUGGUCUCUUAGGGGAAAGGGUGGCCCUGUGGAGGCCCCAGGCCUCAUUUUUAGCCCUGUGGCCCAUUCCCUAAGUUCCCCUGUACCAGGGCACAGGGCAUCAAUUGGUGCUACCCCCUCAUGAACUGCCCCACUCUCAUGGGGAUGCCAUGUUAUGCUUGGCACAGGGGUCUUCACCCCUUCCCCUUUCAUUCCACAUCAUCCCUGGUGGGCCUGCAAGAGAAAGGGCAUGGCCUGGGGCCCAGAGUACCCCUCAGGGAGUGUGGGGGAAGGGCUGCCUUGUGGUGGGAGGGGAUCUCUGAGAGAAGGAUGGGGAAGGCUGUGGGGAGUAUCAGAUGAGUUGGGGGGGUCUCUGGACAGGGUUGGCACACUUCCUGUAGGAAGGGGGGCUGGACAGGAGAAGAAUCAGAGGGGAGAGAAUUUGGGGAUCUGAUUGUACACGUGUUGGAAGGAUACAGAACCCAAAGGAGUGAGGGCUGACAGCAAUAUGAAGGGGCACAAGUGUGGGGUGAGGUGCCUCUGCUUGGGAUGUGCACUUGGGAGGAGCCCUGUUAUGGAUGAGGUCUGGACCCCUCAGGUGAAAGGUUACAGGUGCUGUUUGUUCUAGAUGUGCAUCUGGGAUGUUCCCUAUAGGUGAGGCUCUCAAGCACAUCAGGUAAAAUGUCUGGGAAGCUACUCUGUCUAGCUCAACUAUAGGUAAGGUCCAGCACCCUGACAGAGGACGUGAUGGGGAAACAUCUUAGUUCUAGAAUCCUCUUGAUAAUGUGUCCUAGGGAGCUGCUGGUCUUUCUUAAGGAUCAAGGACACUGGAGCCCUGGGGCUCUGAUGUGGGCAGUUCUAGCUUCUGCCAUGGGUGGUGAGGGAGUGAGGGAGAAGACAUGGAAGCAUGGACCACAUGGGACAUUCUAGAAUGAUGCUGUAGUUCUAGGCUGCCAGGCUUUAUGGGAGUUCUAGGCCCUCUUCCACGUCCCCAGCCUUAUUGUCUCUAUAAGAAAAUUGUCCUCGGGACCCUUGAGACAUUUCUACUGUCAAGUGGUCCUCAGCUGGAAAAAAAAAAAUAGCUCUGGGGAUGUGACAUAAAUUUUGGCUCCCUGCCAUCUUACUGCUGAGCUUCUCUGGGGCAGCACCUGGGAAACUAACUUGCUUUGCCUCACCUGUGACCCAUUCCCACGGUCCAGACAUCCUGGGUUGCACAAGGACCACUCAUCCUGGGAUGUGCCCUUGGCCUGGGACAGCAGGUCUUGACUGGCAUGCAAGACGUGGACUGGGAGGUAGGCAGCAAUGAGAAGUGGAAGAUGAAGCUCUAGCAGGACCUAGAGUCCCCUGUCACUCCCCUAUGCCAAGUGAGGUGAGCUCACUGGAAGGGGACAGCCAGGAACUGUAGGGGCAAGUGCAGAAGGGGCUGGAAGUGUGAACCCUAGACUAUGCAAAUAAGAAUUGUUGAGCCCUCCAUCCCCGGCUCAGCCUCUCUUGGAGUUACAGACAGAAAGUUGAGGCCAGAGUGGCAGCUACUCUCACAAGGUCCCAUCAGUGCGGAUGUGGCAGUGAUUGAUUUGCUGAGGAUGGGGGGAGUGAGCCACACUCAGGGUGAGGCUGAGAGGGCACACUGCAUGUGUGCACACGUGAGCACGCAUCAUCUCCGGGAUACGAGCCACCGUGCCUGGCACCGUGAGUGGCUGCACCUGUUCUGUCAGCGCAGAACACUUUUUCCCUCCUUCUGCCUCCCCUAUCCCCCCGCCCCCAAGAGGCCUCCAGAGUGACAGGUAGCUCCAUCCUCACCCAGGCCUGCUCUGAGGGAGCCAUCCAUUCUCUUUUUCCCUCUACCCAGGACUAGCUUUGAAGACUAAUGCCACGGCCAGCUCUGCACAUGUCACAAUCUGUAAGACAGAGCAUUGAGGAUGGGCCCGAAACCCAAGCAGCCUGUUUCUGCAGGGCUCAUGGUGCCAGGAACUGUCACUCCAUGGCUCUCUUCCCCUGUAUGCUGCCGCACCCCUACGAGAGCUAUACACUCAUCCCACACAUCCGUAAGGUGAUAUCUGGGCUACCCUUGACAAGUUAUUUUAUACUCCCGGCCCCCAAAUGGCCCCAUGGAUGCUCCAUUCUCCAGCAGCCUAGAAGGAAAGGUUCCAGAUCCUUUGGCUGGUUGCUGUAGGAGGUCAGGGCAGGCCGGAUGAGCAAAGCUAGGCAUGGCUUGAGGCUGCUGGAAAGCUAAGGCCACGUUUUUCAUCCUGUUCUCACAGAGCUUUUUCCAGGACCCAGCCUGCAAGAUCUGAGCACCAGGGAAGGUCAUGGUCAAAGGGCCUUCACCUUUCUUACUAUGUAGACAGAGCUCAUCUCCCCAAAGUAUUACCCCCACCCCACCCCCAGCCCCAACCUUCCUGGCCUGAGGCCUCUCAUUACUGGCCUAUGUUUUUGCUUCACUAAGGCAGAAGAAUCAGAGUGGGGGCAGGCCCUAUCUUGUUGGAGCUGUUUUUUGGUUCCUUUCUGUGACACAAUCUACCUCAGCUGGUCUCUUUCCCCUGUUACAACUGGACCCUAGUCCUCUGCUCCUGCUCCCAGACCAUCAACCAAACCUGGCUUCUUAGUCCCUCCCUUGACUCCUUUAAGGUUCUUUCAGUGAGAGAGGGCUUUAGAACCACAACCUCAAAGGAAGGAGCACAGCAGGUCCCCGAAGUCACCUGUCCUUCAUAGACAUUCUAGAGAAGACACAGAGAGGGCCAUACAUUUGCCCAAGGUCAUGUAGCAAGCAAAUGGAACCACGGGGUUUCCCUGUGUAUCAAUAAAAGUUAAGUCUGUCUUAACUUCUUCAGGAGCAGCAGAUAAUAGGACAUCUUGGGGACGGAAAUACUAGGCAGGGCCUGGCCUGAUAUCUAACCCUGAGACCCUCCCUUCCAAACGUAGAACCCUCCUCCUACUCUGUGAGCUCCCACCCUCAAACCAACUCCAGCUGCUGGCUGUGCUCCUCAAACCCCCACAGUCACCUCACACCCCUGACUGUACCUCCACUCACCAACAUACCAUGUGCCUUGUAAUGGUCACCCCAGCGCGGGCCUCCACCCUCCCCUGCAGGGACUGUCUAGAGAUGUGGGCUUGAUCUCUUCCUCCCAUCCCCCUCAAAUCUGCCUUACUCUCAGCCAGAUCCUCCCUGCACCUUCGUCUCACCGAAGUGUAUCACCUGAGAGCGGGGAGGAGGGCAAGGCAGAGAAUGUGCAGACUUCCAGGGGAGAACCUAAAAGGCUUGGGGCAGUCAUCCCUAAGCACUCCCCCAAAGACUAAGAUUCUGCAGGCCCCUUCCUUGCAGCUUGCCUGGGUCUGGAGUCUAAAAAGGCCUGACAGUGGGAGGAAGGUUCUCUGGGGUCUGGGGCAGGGUGCAUGAGCACAAAUUCAGACACUGCCAGAAGGAAAGAGGGGUGAAUAGAAGCAAAACUGUGGUAACAGGCAGAAGGAGGGGGUUCUGUGCCAACUGGGCAAAGAGGUGCGGGCUUUGGAAAGCAACCUACUGGCCACCAGUUUGAGGCUUCUACUGCAUCUGCCCUCCAGGAAAGUCGGGAGCCUCUGGGGUUGGCUGGGUCCAACCCUAAAUGUUUCUCUGGUUGUCUGGUGAACUCCAGGUCCCUGGCUGUUCCCCGGCCUGAUAAAGGGUUGGCUGCUUGGGAUCUGGAGUCAUGUCCGGUUUGGGAGCUCCUGGUUCCGAGGGACUCUCUCCAAGUAGAGGAAGAGUCUAGGCACGGGUUUCUAACUGAAUGCCAAGAGCCCUGAUCCCAUCCUCUGCUGCCCCACCACUCAGGCAUCAGCCUCCUUCCCAGACUGAGCCAGGGUGAGGCUGCAGGGGUGUGGGGGAGGGGCUGAAAUCUCUAGGCAAGUGCUCUGUGGUGUCAAAAUGGAAGGACAAGGGUGAGUGCCAAUUUUCACAGGGAGCAUGGGGGAGGGGCCGGGUUCCCCUUUCAUGUAGUCAAGGAUACUUCUGAGGCCCUGGGCUUAGGGAGACAGGACACAUGUCCCUUUCUGGUUGGGACACUGAGUUCUUGGUUGCUACUGGUAAAUACAAGUAGAGGAAGAAUCAAACAGGACUUUGCAGAUGGGGCAAGGAAGAUCCAGUCCAACAGGUCUGAUUCCUGGAGGCAGAAUCCACAGGAGUGUCCCAUGCUCAGCCCCUUCCACUGUAACCUCACACCAAGGCCACCCCCUGCUCAGCAUCUCUGGCCUUUAUUCUAUGCACAGCUCUCUGAGAGUCCCCAGGCCAGGCUGGAUGGUGGGAGCUCAGGAUACUGCAAUAAUUUCAGAGCAGAGAGGGCAGCCACAGAAGGGAGGAGGACAUUCCUCUCCCCACCUUCACCCAAAUGCCAGAAUCCAGUCAGACCUAACAGGACUCUCUCCUUGCCCCUCUCCUGUCUGGUUUCCAAACAUAAGAAGGGGUCUGAACAUCCCCAGAGCCCUCAGGAUUCCCAGAGGAUUUUGUGGCUUUGAGAAGUUGUGUUGUUCCCCACCCCAAAUAACACCUUAAUAAAUCAUUAAUUUCGCUAGCUUACAUCAACAAGGUGAGUGGACUGCAGAUGAAUCGUAAUGAAGGCUCAUGUCAGCUUCCAGGACUCAAGUGUGAAGGACUUCUGAAUUCCAUAUUGUAUGGCUUAACACAGAAUCCUCAAGAAUACUCAUGGAUGCCAGGCCCUGCCUCUGCAGACCCUUGGGUGGGGCCUGGAACCCCCAUAUUGGGCGUUGGCGAUUUAAUUACCCAAGUUACUUCCUAGUUUACAGAGGGGCAGGCCCAGAGAUGGAAGGCAGCCUGCCCGAGCUUACACAGCAAGCUGGUGGUAAUCUGGGACUAGAGCCAAGGUCCCUUGGGAGGGGAUCCCACCAGAA